AUGUCCAAAUUUCUAACUAUCAAAACUGUUAGAACGUUCCUAUUGGACGGAAAAGGAAUCGGAGGUGAUUAUCACAAUGUCGAGUCUGGACAUUGGCUCAUUGAUAGUCCCAUUUCAAACCCUAUGUCCAAGUACAAAGAGUACAGGUCCUCCCGAGUAAGCUGGGGAAUCAAUGUUUUGGGAUCUUUUUGUGUGGAAAUUGAGGCCACUGAUGGAACCAAGGGAUUUGCUACAGGUUUUGGAGGUCCACCAGCCUGUUGGCUCGUUAAGCACCACUUUCUCAGAUUCUUAGAAGGGGCAGACCCUAGAGACUAUAACAUCUUGUGGGAUAAGAUGUUUCGAGCACUGAUGUUCUAUGGCAGAAAAGGGUUGCCAAUCGCAGUCAUAUCUGUGGUAGACUUGGCUCUCUGGGACUUGUUGGGCAAGAUAAGAAAUGAACCAGUUUACAAGAUGAUUGGAGGUGCUACCAAGGAACGCAUUGACUUUUACUGUACUGGGUGCAACCCUGUUGCCGCGAAGGAGAUGGGAUUCUGGGGAGGUAAGGUUGCACUUCCAUAUGGUCCAGAUGAGGGACAUGUGGGGCUCAAGAAAAACGUAGAAUUCUUGAGAAAACACCGAGAAGCUGUGGGUCAAGACUUCCCACUAAUGGUAGAUUGCUACAUGUCGUUGACGGUCCCAUACGCCAUUGAGUUAGCCAGCGCUACUGAGUCAUUAAACAUCAACUGGUUUGAGGAAGUUUUGCACCCUGACGACAUUGAGGGCUUUGAAUUGUUGAAAAGAGCACAUCCACGCAUGAAGUGGACUACUGGUGAGCAUGAAUAUACUCGUUACGGCUUCAGAAAGCUCAUUGAGGGCAGAAACAUCGACAUCUUACAACCUGAUGUCAUGUGGGUUGGAGGUAUGACGGAGAUUUUGAAAGUGGCAGCACAAGCUGCUGCUUACGAUAUCCCAGUAGUUCCUCACGCUUCAGGUCCAUACUCGUACCAUUUUGUGAUUUCCCAGCAGAAUACUCCAUUCCAAGAGUACCUUGCCAACUCUCCCGACUCAACCGCGGUGUUGCCAGUUUUUGGCAACUUGUUUAUUGAUGAGCCGGUUCCAACAAAGGGAUUUUUGGAUGCCACAAUGUUCGACAAGCCGGGUUUUGGUUUGACCUUGAACCCUAAGGUCGAGUUGAUUGAUGCUGAGUACAUUUUAUCUCCUAACCCAGAGAGGCCAUUGAAGGUGGAGAAAGAGAAGAACGGUAGUGUAUGA